AUAUUUUCUUGACAAAGUCGGCAUGACAACAAAUAACAUGUUAUUCGUUUUCUCCUAAGUUUUCUCUUUGAUAUAUUUAUUUUCCAAUCAUUGCCAAAUAAAAGCUUUCUCCACAUUUAUAAAAUAAUGGCAGCUCGUGAGAAAGAAGCUGAAAAAGCUCCUGAAGUAAAGAAAAGGAGGGUCCCUCUCUAUCCAGGAUUUCCAGAACUUGCCAGAUCUGAUGUCAGUAUCUACCCCUCCUACACAAAGCUGGCAUUGGCCUACCGUGUAGUUUGCCGGCACCGUUACCAUUGGGCCAAAGUUGCCCAGCAAAAGCAGUUUCUGAAGGAACUCCACAUGUUUGAAAGAUUACAAUCAAAUGCAUUGGAUGGUGUCAGGGUUCACAGGGAGUUCUCGCAAGGAAUCUUAUCUCAUAAGAUACCUCCAAGACGAUACAUCCAGAAACUCACUCCUGAUCCAAUGAAUACACAUCAAAGGAUGAGAGUAGAGGAAAUCAUUAGUGGGAGAGUAAACUUUAGUCAAAAAUAAAGGUUGAAAUAAAAAAAAUUGAAUAAUGAUAUAAAAAUAAAGAUGCCAAGUUCAAUAAAGCAAUUUGGUAUUUUAUCAUAGUAUAAAAAAUAUUAAUAUUAGUGA